AUGAACGUUCCGAUUAAACUAGCCUUUAUCUUCUUAACCGUAACCGCAACCGCUGCACCAGCCAAACGCCCAGACUACCUUUCCACACCACACGCAAGAGCAAUCGCGGGAGUAUGCACCGUAAUCCAAUCAGACACAAGUCUAUGCACCAAAACACUUAAAGAAGUUCCUAGCGAUGACCCCAUCGUACUAAUCCGAGCAUUACCAACCGCGGCUGAAUCUUCCGUCAAGAAAAGCGUGACGUUCCUCACGGAAACCAAACCAAAAUACAAAUCAAACCCAACCGCAACUGCAGUGUUCGACAGCUGCGAGAAAAACUUGAACAACGCGUUAGAAGAUUUCGCUGAAUUUUGGAAAGCUGCGGGGAAAGAUGUGACGACGUUGGCUCGUAACUAUUUCACGUGCAAGAAGACGUUAACGUCGAUCACGGGGUACCAUUCGACUUGCUUGGAUGAUAUUGAAGAUAAGAAUCUGUUGAAGGAAGUGGAGACUGGAAUUGGAGUUGGGAAGAAUCUAAGCAGUGACUCGUUUGAUGUGUUUAAUGGUUUGCCUACUAUUUUUAAGACGUUUGGUAUUAAUGUGAAGCUUAACGAGGAAGACACUUCGCCCCGACCGCCACCAUUGUCGGAUUAUUAUUACUGA